AUGGGUUGCAGUUUUGGACAAUGAAUAUAUCCAUAUCAGAGAAUGAUUUAUUCUCAGAUUCACUUUUCUGAAUUUGAAAAUAGUUCUAGACAGACAAAACUUUUUAACAGAGACUCUGUGUGAGUAGAGUAUUUAUAUGGGUUUUUGACAGUAAGACAUAAAAGUCAAAUGAAAUGGGCGUGGAUAUACAGACAUUGGGAUCAUAGAAUCCCCUAAUCAUUGUGUGGAACAAACAAAGGAUCAGGCUAAUUGAUAACCUGGUGGCGUGGCUAUGUGGGGAACCACAAGUAGAAACAUAAAGGGAAAUGUGCUGAACUUUGUCUGGGCACACAUGAUUUGGAGGUUCUGCAUGCCUUGGUUCCCUUUUCAUUUUUGAGAGCUAUAAAAGUGGAAGGCACAAAGAUCAUGACAAUAAAUCACAACAUGGCAACAAGUAGCAAUCUGAAGAAUGCUAUCAUAGCAUUCUUGGUCCCUCUUCCUUCCAUCCUGGUUUACCUCUCAUUCCAAUCGGCCAUUAGUGGCUUUCCACAGUCUCCAUCUUCUCCGUCAACUCUGUGGACAUGGUGCUAUCACCAUCCUUUACUAUUUGCCAAUGUCCUUUUCUUCUUCAAUGUCAAUCUGCUCUUCUGGCUCAUCGGCCUAAUCCAAUCCAGCCACUGGAUGAUUGACCCGUAUUGGACAGUGAUACCGGUGAUGCUUGUUCAUUACUAUUCAACUCACCCUUUGGCUCAGUAUAACUGGUUAAGGUCCAGGACUGUGAUCUUGUUGACUUGGUUGUGGAGUAUCAGGCUGAUCCACAACUACUUCAGGCGAGAAAAGUGGCAGUGGGGUGCCAGGGAGGAUUGGCGUUUCACUGAUUUGAGUCAUCAGUAUGGAAAGCAUUGGUGGUGGGCUUCCUUCUUCGCCAUCUACGUGCCUCAGCAGGUGUUUCUGAUUGGACUAUCAUUUCCGUUCUAUGUGAUCCACUCGGUGAAUGAGGCUCUGGGCAUGUGGGACUUUGUAGCCCUAGUUAUGUGUAUCUCUGGUGUUGUCAUAGCAUACAUUGCUGAUACUCAGCUUCACAACUUUGUGAGCAGAAACACGGAGCUAAAAGAGGCAGGUAUGGCAGAGGUUGCCAUUCUUGAGAAAGGGUUGUGGUAUUACUGUCGGCAUCCAAACUACUUCGGAGAGCAACUGUGGUGGUGGGGAGUGUUUGUGUUUGCUUGGAAGUUGGGACAUGGAUGGACCUUCAUAGGAGCUUUAGCGAACAGCAUGUGUUUGGGUUAUGUGACAAAGCUUGUGGAAGAGAGAAUGUUGAAACAAGAGAGCAGAGAAGAAGCCUAUAGGCUGUAUCAGAAGACAACUUCCACAUGGGUGCCUUGGUUCAAGUCCUCUCCUUUGGGACUGAAAUGUAAGGAUGUUUGAUUGUGUUUUAUUUUCUUCAGAUCAGUUCUAGCUGUAGUAGUGUAGUAGCCUUGUUGCUUAGUUCAUUCUACCACCAACUUCAUCAUCUUAAUUUUCUCUACUUUGUUGAUUAUGUAAGAGAGCCAAGUCUUGAGUUGGAUCAUGUCAUGUGUGUGUGCUCUGCUGGCUCUGCACUCCCAUCAUUUUUUGUAUCAUAUUUAUCACCAUUACUAGCUCAGAAGAAUCUCUGAAAUGGAUUCUGCAUAUACUCUCUUAUCAUUUUCGGUUUAAUGAAGUUUAAAAUUAGUAAUGCA